GGAGGGCGGCUGCGAUCCGACGUGGCCGGCGAUGGGAGAUGGACGGAGCCGGCCGAGCGGCAGAAGCACUUGUGUGGGAUAAUGAUAUAUCAGCUCAUGCCCAGUCUGUUGCCAAGGCCAAAUAUGAAUUUUUGUUUGGCUUGGAGGAAGAGAAGCCUUCAGAAGUGGGUAGUGGCCAUGGAAGUAAUACUUUGCUGCCCCACACCAUCAUCAAUGAAUUUCCAGAAUACGGCACUAUGGAGGCAAGUAGAGAUGCACUGAGGACUUCAUCAAAGAGCCAGGCAGAGCCUGUGACUUGCAGUCCAGAAGAACGGGACCGUUACCACAUACCUGGCAGGCCUCCUCCCCAGUCUGUGGCUUCUGCAGAUGAGCCUAGAGCUCAGGUUAAGGCAGCACAGCUGCACACUGCAGAAGAAGGUUUGCAACCUGUGGGUAACUUGCCAGAGAUUAUGAAAAUUUCUCAACAGCUAGAAGCAACAAAGGUACAACAGAGAGCAAAUACUUCUCUUGAUUCAGAGACACACAUGGAAGAAAAGAGUGUUCCUGGCUGCCAAAAUGUGCAGACAGCCAGAGAGCCAGUUGCAGCAAGCCAAGAAAAACCCUCAGACAUGCCUCUUCCGUCUAAGCAAACAGCUGAGGAAAAAAUGCACUUGAUCAUAGAGAAAGAUCUGGAUACAAUAUGGACUGAUGAAAAGCAGUCUGAGUCCUUGCAAGCCACCAGUAAUAAAGCUGAGGAGGUCCACACAGCAGAGGAGACAAGUUGUCAUAGACCAUCUGUGACAAACCUGGAAGCGGCCAGCACAGUGGAUGGGUGGGCGCAAUCUGAGGAGUUUUCAGCUUACAGUCAAGGCAGAAUGAAAAUGGGUCCUGAGAGGAGGCUCUCUAAAGAGGCAGCUGUGAGCAAACAUGUAGAAUUUCAAGGGGUGGAGAUUUUAUGGCUGCAGAAAGCAGAGGACCAGAGCAGAAAGAAGCAUUCAGUGCUGGAGACCACACCUGUGGAGAGAAAAGCGUUCCCCAAAACAUCGAGCCACUCUGUGCCACUGAUGAUUGCCUCCAGCUUGGUCACCUUGCCAGACAGUGCUAAGGGUGAGGUCUGGGAAGAGCCUGGGGUGGGAGCUGCCCGUGGAGCUGCUCCUCUGGCACUGCUUGAUGAAAGUGGGGAGGAUGAAGUUUUUGUGAAGGACAAGAGGAACCGCAGCAAGGAGGAGACCACUGUGCUAGCGAGAGAUCAUGGCAGAAUCACGGAGGAGGGAAAAGCAACCAUGGGAGGAUAUGAAGAUGUGGUUGGACAAAGGCAAUCUGACGUCUCUACCGAUCUGUACAGCUCGCAGUUUGAAAACAUCCUAGACAAUACCUCUUUAUACUAUAGUGCAGAGUCUUUGGAGACAUUAUACUCGGAGCCUGAUAGCUACUUCAGUUUUGAGAUGCCACUCACUCCAAUGAUCCAGCAGCGUAUGAAGGAGGGCAGUCAGUUUUUGGAGCGGACUUCAGCCUCAGGACAGAUGGAUGUCUUUCAUCUUCCCCCUGAUGGGGAAGCAAAGAGCUGCUGUGAAGGGAUCGCCAAUGGCUUAAGGAAUGUAAGCGAAGCACUCUUCAGAGGAGAUGUCACAGAAGUUCCUCAUUUGGGAAGCGCUGCUGGACUACAGAAUAUGGUGUUAGACUCCAGUGCUGCCAUGGGGAGCAAUAAACUUCAGGAGAAGGAUGCUGUUGGAGCCCUUGGCCAUGAUCUCAGCAAUGGCAACAGCAGCAAUUUGGAAGCAGCCAGGCACCUGGCUAAACGCCUCUACCAUCUGGACAAAUUCAAGCGCUCUGAUGUGGCAAAGCAUUUGGGUAAAAACAAUGAAUUCAGCAAGCUUGUGGCUGAAGAAUACCUUAAGUUUUUUGAUUUCACAGGCAUGACGCUGGACUUCUCACUCAGGAGUUUCUUUAAAGCCUUUUCCCUUAUUGGAGAAACUCAGGAACGAGAGAGAGUUUUAGUCCACUUUUCCAGCAGAUACUAUCAGUGUAAUCCAAACACCAUUUCUUCUAAAGAUGGAAUUCACUGUCUCACGUGUGCCCUGAUGCUGCUAAACACUGAUCUGCAUGGCCACAACAUUGGGAAAAAGAUGACCUGCCAAGAAUUCAUUGCUAACCUCCAGGGGAUGAACGAUGGUAAAGACUUCCAAAAAGAACUGUUGAAGGCCCUCUACAAUUCAAUCAAGAAUGAGAAGCUUGAAUGGGCAGUGGAUGAAGAAGAGAAAAAAAAACCUCAUUCAGAUGGUACAGAUGAAAAAGAUAAUGGGAACCAGACGAAGGCUGUAAGUCGGAUUGGAAACUCUAAUAACCCAUUCCUGGACAUCCCUCAUGACCCCAAUGCUGCUGUGUAUAAAACUGGAUUUCUGGCUCGGAAAAUCCAUGCAGAUAUGGAUGGAAAGAAAACUCCCUGGGGAAAGCGAGGCUGGAAAACCUUUUAUGCUGUGCUGAAGGGAACAGUCUUGUACUUGCAAAAGGAUGAGUACAAGCCAGAAAAGGCUUUGUCGGAGGAAGAUCUGAAGAAUGCAGUUAGUGUGCAUCAUGCACUGGCAUCCAAGGCAACAGACUAUGAGAAGAAACCCAAUGUCCUCAAGCUUAAAACAGCAGAUUGGAGUGUCCUGCUUUUUCAAGCCCAGAGCCAAGAAGAGAUGCAGACCUGGAUCAACAAGAUUAACUGUGUGGCAGCUGUCUUCUCUGCACCACCAUUUCCAGCAGCAAUUGGUUCCCAGAAGAAGUUCAGUCGGCCACCCCUGCCAGCCACCACAACAAAGCUAUCUCAGGAUGAACAGCUGAAAUCCCAUGAAGCUAAGCUGAAGCAGAUCUCCACUGAACUUGCUGAACAUCGCUCCUAUCCUCCUGACAAGAAGCUCAAAGGCAAGGAAGUAGAUGAUUACAAACUGAAGGACCACUAUCUGGAAUUUGAGAAAAAUCGCUAUGAGAUUUACAUUGGCCUCCUGAAAGAAGGGGUGAAGGAGCUGCUGAGUGGAGGAGAGAACGAUGCGUCAGGACUGAAGAAAUCCCACUCGAGUACGUCGCUCAAUCAGGAGUCUCCAGUUAGUGCCAAGGUGAAACGCAAUGUCUCAGAGAGGAAGGACUACAGGCCAGAAACACCCAGCAUUAAGCAGAAGGUCACUUAGGGUGGAAAUGACAACUAGGGGAACAGCCAUGCAGCAAAGUACCGGUGGUCAAAUUUUUUCCAGCUCAAAAUCUGUCAUACAUAAAAAUAAGUGCAUCUGCCUGAAUGGGGUGUUAGUGACAUUUUCUAUUGUAUAUUUUGCUGUUUCUGUGCAGAUUGUGGGAGAUGUCUUUGCUCCUGCUUUGCUUUGCUCUGUUAUUUUAUCAUUUAGCAAUUGAAGCAUUGGGACUUUUUUGUGUUCUGUUACUAAAGGAGCUGGGGGAAGGGUAGAGCGCUGUCACGUAUAUUCUGUCUCUUCCCCAUUUAUCUCCUCCCAUCGGCAUGUGGCUUUCAUCUCUCAAGUCACUUGUCACUUUAUUUACAUGGUGGGUGGGAAAAAUAACUGGACAAAUGCUGCAGCAUUGUGAAUAUGAGCGGUAGCUGUGAGAAAUUUGUACAAACAGGCAGCUGCAGAGGGCUGGAUAGAGUCUAGAACAAUGGGAACAGUGGUUUCCUGACAAUGCAGAGCAUGUUGGUACUGGUAAUUAGCAAUGGGUGCUGUAGUAAAUAGCCACUCUUGCUUGUUGCUAUUGAAUUGACCCUGGACCCACAAACGCAAAGGACUGCAACCUGGAAAUCUCUGGCAGUGCUGGGAUGACAGCAUUGGAAUCAUUUGUUUGCUUCUUUCCAAGCAAAAAGUCUUCUCCUGAGUUAGCAGGGUGGAACGUGUCCAAACCUGUGCUGUCUCUGUGGUCAGGGAGAUGAGGAAUUACCAAGUUGGAAUGACCCACUGGGUUGCAUAUGUGUUCUAAAGACAAAGGGCCUCUGUGUAGUUUUUAACUAUACACUCUCACUUAGCUGCUAUAUAGAGCCUUAUGAUACAUUGUCUCCUGAUGCUCCACUUUCCAGGAGUUUUCUUGUUGGUAUGUGCAGAUGCAUGCAAUUGCUCUGAUAGUUACAGAGUACUUUGCUUUUUCUCUUCAGGAAACGAUUGUCCCCACCUGUUCAUUUUUCUGCUUUAGCUGAUAUGCAGGUGAAAGAGGCUUGGGCCUACUGGAGAAUGGCACUGACCUUUUCUCACUCGGAGCCAGGAUUUGAUGCAAUCCUGGUUACUCUGUGCUGGAGGCUGGCACAAGGCAGCCUGACUGACACAUCCUACCCUUCACCUGCCAGUUGCCAGCUCACCUUGCAGUUCCAGCACAUCCUGCUUCAGACUUUUGGAAGAAAGUAGAGGGUGGGGAGAGGCUGCCAUGGGUAGAGCUUUCCAUACUUCCAGACCCUGUUUGCCCCACAGAUCCUUGCAGUAUUCGGCAGUCUUGAGUGCAGAAAUGUUGCACAAAUCAUUUGUCUGCUUCCCAGUGCCUCUUGCCUUAUGGAAGCAAGAGCACUGGCUUGCCUGGUACUGUACACUCUCAGUUUUAAUCUCUGAUGUGAUACUGUCUUGCUGGGUGAGCUCAGACAAGUCUCGCCCUUUUCACCUUACCCUUGCCACAUACAGAAUAGUAUAACCAUUCUGGCCCUUUUCACAGAGCAUUCUGAGAGGCAAGGUUGAGGCCAGCUGAGAAAUGUUGAUUGCUAGUAUUUUUGUUAUACCUGGCACAGGGCAGCUGUCCUGAUGGAUGUAUAAUGUAUAGAGAAGCGUCAAGAUCAAUACAAGGACUGUUUAGAAAUGUGAUGGUAUUUAAAGCCCAAAUAAUGUAGGGUCACACAUCAAGAAAAAUUACUGUCUGAUUGGAUGUGCACUCUGCCAGACUUCCCAAAGUGCCCAAGUCAAUUAGUCUAGUUUGUUGAACUGCUGGUUCCAUGGACAGACAAGGGAGCAAUCAAAGAUAGAAGGACCUUAACAGGUGCCACUUGACCUGCCUCCCCCACUGAGAACCACCAUGCUUUCCCAGUGUGCUCACUGUUGGCUGUAACCAAGAUGACACGCUUUCAGAUCGUCAGUCCCUGCAGUUGCAGCCUGGCAGCGAAACCAGAUGGGACUGAUUCCAUGUGUGAUGUUGCAUUUGCAUGACACAUGUGAUGUGCACAUUUGGAGUUUGCCACAGAGUGUGGUUGCUUCGUCCAAGGAAUCGGCAGGUCAGCUCCUAGCCCUGGCAAUGUCUGUAAAUACUGCAGUCCUGAAUAGAAACUGUCAGCGCUUGUUUAGUGCUAUAGCUAUAGAAGUUCUGUGUGAUUAUUGUGGAGCAUGUGUUCAGUCCUAUUACUCAAGAAAGAUGCUUUCUUUCACUGGAGCCAGAGGGACAGAGUGCAGCGUACUGCACUGGGAGACUCACUGUGUGAUAGUGCUUAUUGGAGGGGAUUGUUUGAAUUAAUCGUAUCUGGUAGGUAAGGAACUCCAGGGGGGAUGGAAACAAAGCCAGGAGGAGAUCCCUGCAGCUGUUCGUCAUACUCUGGUGGUUUAAAACAAACAGUGGAGAGGGAGGUUAUGCUGAGAUGGAAAAAAGAUAUAUGGUUGAUGCUGAAUGCAUAUUUGAGAAGAAAACUUGCCCAGCUGUAGAUAGUGGCAUUUCAUAGAAAGUGUGCAACAGAAAUAGAAAAAGGACUCAGGUUUGUAAAUGGGCCCUGCUUGGCUGUCAGAGCGGAGUUGUCUGUGUGAGCUUUUCAAAUGCAGCCUGGAAUAUGCGCAACAAACCUCUUGUGAAUACAGAGUACAUAGCCUUAAAAGGUGAAGAGGCAACAUUUAAAUUUUUUUCUCAGCUUUUAAGAUGUUCUGGAUGCUGUAGGCUGCAGUUAAAUUGCUGAGCUCAAAAAGAAAUGAUUCCCGUAAAAUGCAUUUCCCAGCUUAGACAGAGAAACUGCUUAAUUCCUUUUCAAAGUCGUUGCAAAGGAGAUGAUUUGAAGUAAUAAGAAAGUCAAAAAGUGAACUGCAAAAAUGUGUUUUUUUCAGUUUUUAUUAUUUAUUCUCCAUUUCCAGGUACACUUGCAAAUGGAUUAGGAUGUAAGCGUUAAGUCUCAUCUGUGCUUAGUAAAUGCAGUUUUUCACUAUAUUUUUUAGUGAUUAAAAAUCUGUUGAGCUUGGAGCACUCUUGGUGAGAUUGUUGAGGCGUGCAGAUUAGUUUACUGAGAAUUUGUCAGGUUCUGCUUCAGUUUUAAUUAAUGUCAUUUUGCUCCAUUGCUUUACAAAUUCUAGGCAUCCCAGGCAGACAAGUGAAAAUGCACAUUUCAGAGGCCAAGAGAAAAAGGAGAUGCUGUCGUGAAAGCCUCCUGGACUCCCUUAGGAACAGGACCAUCUACUAAGCAGUACUGUCAGUUGCUUGCUUUUUUUUUUUUCUCCAAUGCUACUGUAAAGGAUGGACACAUGCUCUCAGGGGGCAUCAGUGGUGCAUGUUGUUGGGUGGUACCAUGGGGAGCCUGACUGGAUGGCUUUGCAUGGUAUCAGUACCGGCCUCUCUUUGUUGAAUGUUUGACCUCCGUGACUCAGGAACUCUGUUGUAAUGUGCAAGAGUAUACUGCUGAGUUCCAACAUUCCCCUGCAUGCCUGGCUGUCCCCACCUGAUCUCAGUAUGGAUUUCUGGGGAUGUUCAGUGUGAGCUGGAGUUAAAUGGGGCUUGUUUUGGGCCCUGUUCAGCACAGGUGGAGCUGUGUCUAGAUGCUCAGUGUUAAGACAUUGCAGCACUGGCUCCUUCAACUGCAACUGACAGACCACCACCAGUGUGUGCAAGUGUACAGCCCCUAAGGCAGCCUUUGCGUUGGUGCCUGCAGGGAGGCAUCGUUCUUCUUUGCCAUGCUCCCUGCUGCAGCAUGCCGCCUGGAAACCGUCGCUCAGGCAAAGCCUCUGCCCACGUCUUGAGAGGGGGAUGUGGAGAAGGGAGCAGGAUUGGGCCAGCAUCCUUCUCUGAAGCACUGCUGGCUGCUCACAUAUGUGGGUUCCUCUCCUGGCUGACGAAGGAGAGGCAGGAAGGUUUGGACUGUGUCCGGACAUGACAGGAGAGAGGGGAGGGAGGGAAGACAUUUUUGUGCUUCUCCCUCCUCUCCUGCAACCAAAGGUGAGAUACUCCCCCAAAGCCAAAAUUGCGCUCUCCUUUGUAAGGCAGCAGGAUGCUGAGGUUUUUGUCAGCAGUGAUGUGAAAGAAAAUCUCUGGGCUGGCUUGUAUGCAUCUUGCAGAUAAAUCACACAUGGACCAGUGAACAUGACUGCAGCUUUUUAAUCCAGUAUUUAUGUUGUGUCUUUAAUUGAUGUAGAGAGAUAAGUCAGCCAGCAGGGUGAUUAAUGUAGCAGAGCUGUGGGGGAACGCUGUUCAGCUGUGACGCCAACUCAGACACUUUUUCAUCUACAGCCAGCCACUUGUAAAUGGUUACCAGAAGCUUUCUAAGGGCUGUAACAGCUCAUCCCUUAAGUGCUUUCUCCUUGAUCCUGCCCACUCCAAGGGUGCUGCCUGUCCAAGUUUACAGCUCUUCUAGAGCUCAGUGUGCAGCAGAGUGCUGCUUUGAGCAGGAAUUUGAGCUAGCUGGCCUCCAGAGGCCCCUCAUGACCUAGAUCAUAUGGUGCAUUCCUGUAUUUAGGCUGGUUGUCCAUCUGGCUUGAAACAACCAAACUUUUGGCUCACUCCAAUGGGACUGGACACCCAGUUGAUGAGAGUAGUCACUUUGGUGAGUAGGUGUCUGUGGCAGUGGAGAAAGUCAGUUGCAGCAGGGUUAUCAUUGCAUUUCUGCAGUGUGCUUCUCAAAAGUGGGUAAGGCUUUUUUUUGCAGACAACUUGUAGCUUACAGUGUCUGCAUUUUCCAUUGCUAAAUCAAUUUUGGCCUUAUCACAGUUAGUCUGACAGCUCCUCCUCCUUUUCUGUCAAGCUGCUUCUGUCUGUCAUCUUAGCACCUCAGCUGCUUCUGUGUAACAGGUCUCUUCCCUUCCAUGCUUGCAGAAAUGUAGAAAAUUUGAGUGUCCCAUCUUGCCUGGAGAAAACCUGCUCUGAAGCAGUGCUGCAUCGAAUAGAUAACCCUUUGAGCAGCUUUCCCAUUCUGCUCAUUUGUAGCCUGUAUUCCCCAGCUACAUUUAUAGCUGGAAGGUGCGAGACAUGAGUUUCAGACUCCUGUAUUCCUCUUGUGUUGUGCUGCAUGGAUGCAAGGUUCCCCUCCCACACUUAGACCAGACACUUGUGAUGUUCCUAGUCACCUCUCUACAGAUCUCAGAGGCAGAGGCAGUCUUCUGUGGGGAAACUGACAUGCUCUUUUGCAAGGAUUUGGGUACUUUCCCAAAUUCCAGGUCAUAAAUUUCAGGGAGCUGUGUGGGGAAAAAAAGAAAGAAAAAAAGGCAUCAUUUUAAAUCCGUGUCCCCAAGCACAGUGAGACGAUGUCCAGAAAUACCAUCUGCUUUUGCAGAGGCAAAGGCAGUAUAAACACCUUAUCUCCAGCAAUCUUCUAGGUGGCUGCCUGUUGGAACUUUACUCAGUGUGGAUCUCCUGAAACUCUGGGGUGCCACAUUUUCUCUGAAAUGGCUGUUCUGAAGUCCACAUUUCACCAGUGUUCCUAGAGCGUUACUGAAGCUGCUCAGCAUGUGCUUCUGGUGUCAGCCGCCUGGGCUGCCACAAAGGGCAAGCUGAGGAGGUUGUGUCAGAAAUGUCCUUGAAAGAAGUGAUCUCUGGCUUAUGCUUUAUACAGAGUAUUAUUUAUAGUGUAUAUUUGUGCAGUUUGCCUUCACUUCUCCUCUCUGAGCUCUCCCAGCAGCAUAGGUAUGGCUUAUGAACUGCUUCACCUGGGAUUUCUGAGCAUUUGCUCCAGAAAGAAGAGGCUUGUCGACCUCCAGAGAAACUGUAUUUCCCAAGCUAUGGACCAGUACAUGGGAUCAUUUCCAAUAUGGCUGAUGUUACUGAAGGCAUUCAGAAAGCCAGUGCCACCCUCCAUGGCUCUUCACUUCCUGGAUCCUGGGGCACACUGUGCUCCAGUAUUGCCUUUAGUGCUGGGGAGAGUUAGAGAUGCUGGCUUCCUUUUCCACAUACACUGCGCUGCUUGGGAAACUGCCCUCAGUUUCUAUCACCAGCUGGUUCUCUCCCUUGUGACUGCAGCAACCUGGGGUGUCACGGCUUCAUUGGGAAGGGGACUACUUUAAAUAAGAGUUAGGAGGAGAGGUUGCCCUGGAGAGAUGUGUCUGGAAGCCCUCUGUGAACGUCAGCUCUCUGUUGGCAGUACCCAGCUCAACAGUGAAAGGCCAGCUUGGCCUUGCCUGCAAGUAGGUACCUUCAUUCACUUUGUUAGCUGCAUUUAAGCUCUAUGUGAAUUAUUAGAUCACUUUCCUUAACAAGUCCAAGUUACAGCUUUCCCAGAGGCUGCACUGUUGACCUGACUUUGCUGCUGUGGUCAAAAGGAGCAAAUGUAAGCCAGCACAAAGUGUUUGUCAUUCCCUUUGAGUAAUGAAGUGUUCUGUAAAAGUUAUAAAUUGUUAAACAAUAAGGGACCUACCAUGGCAUCUGCUGUUAAAGCUGUGCCAGGAAUCAGCUGGAGUACGUGCCUAAGGUGUAUUUAGCCUGAGGAAAAAGUACAGUACUUGGCAAUGCAUGGUUUAGAAAUGCCACAAAUUACAGCCACACAGCUUUUCUCUGACAUUAUCCUUUGCAACUAGCAGCCACUUUGUAGCAGUGGUCCUGUCUGUAAUUCACCUAAACUAGACCAACAGCAAGAUGCAUUUUGCUCAGGCAGACAAAAUUUCAGCUUUGCCUUGGGCAAUGUGAAUAUCCUUGUUUAACCACUUAGCAGCUAGCCACCUGCUAUGGAGACAUGUUGGACACAAAGUCCUUUGUCUUCCCAGAGCCUCUUGCUGGGAAAAGGGUGAUCUGUGGUUCCCAGUCUGUGCUGCUUCACAAGCAAGGCACAUGCUAUUGACAAUAAAAGUCUUAAGUCACUUACACACUUAGGAAAACUUGGUGCUCAGUGCUGUGAAGUUCUGAAAAAUUGUGGGAUGAGAACGAUGUUGGAUUUUUUUUUUUAUUUUAUUUUUUCAUGUGUACAUAUUCGUGACAACUGUCCUCUUACUUCAGGCUAGAAGAACAAAGUUUUUUGGCAGUUUGAAAACUUUAAAAUCAAUACUUUCUGUGUGAGGUACAAUCUGAGGCUUACAGUACUUGGUGAAUGUGUUUAAGUGAUGCCUAUAGAUGUGUGUAUGUGUUCCAUAGGUAUAGUAUGGCUUCUGUGACUCAACACUCCAGAGCCUGCUGUUGUUUUCUGAGGCUUAUUUUGGUCAAAGCACUUAAAAAGCUGCAAACUUUGUUAGGAUGCUUGUUCUAAUUGUUCUCAAAAUAAGUUAGAGUCAUCAGAGCUUUUGCAGAGUUAGGCUAUCCCUUGAGCUGUGCCUCAGUCUCUGUUGUGUUGCCCACCAGGGGCUGUGUGUAGCUGAAAGCAAAGGCGUAUAUCUGAGAGUCUAAGCAAGGAUCACGGGGUUCUAUUUUCUGCUAGCUCAACACUGGGUUAUCUCCCCAUUUCUGUUAGCAGAUGCCUGUACCAUGAGCAUCAAUGCCUACUUCUGAAAAUCACACUCUGAAGAUCAAAUAUACAGCUUUACUUAUGAAGUUGUUGACCUCUCUCUGUGAAAAUUCAACACAAGGGCAUCAUGUCCAAAACUGUGUCCAAGCAGGACAGGUGCCUGUGAUGUCUCCUGCAGACAGAAUCACGCAGUAGUAGUGAGGGUUUCUUUCUGCAAUUAUACAGAUUUUAAGAAGAGUGUUUGUUUCAUCAGUGGGGAGAAGAAGACCAACAGGAGUGAAAUAUCACUAUAAGGCUUCUUGUUUGACUCCCAAAGGUUUCCCUUGUGAGAUCUAAACAAGUUGUUAAGAGGUUGCUGGGCUAAGUAAAGGCAUAAGGAAGGAUUUUCUAGUGGAUUUUCCAAUUUGCUCUAGCUGGUGCAAUGUUAGGACUAUCUGCAUUAUUCUAGGAAAGAAGGAGCAAAGCCAGAGGGUGGGAUUCUUACCUGGAGUCAUAAAAAUGUUAUCAGAUGUUAUAGUGUUAGCUCGAAGUACUCGAGUACUUGUGAAGUCAUGGCUGUAUGCUUAACUGGACCAUGGCCAGUCUUGCAAGACUAAGAUGCAAGUUGACUGCAGCGGAGGGUGAAAUUAAGAGGGACAUCCUCAUCAUCUUCCUUUGGAUCAGUUGUGAUCCUUUUCAGGCAACAAGCUCUCCUUUGGGUUACCUGCCUCCCUUGGUGAUGCAGAGAGUAGAUGAGUUCAGAGUUGUAGUAGAAAUUGGCACUUGUUCUCAGCCUGAGAAGAUGCAGUUCAGAAAAAGCAUCUAAUUAACAGUUUCUAUGGUGUAGUACCCCUGUGGGAACAGUAACCCUCAGCAGCAGUAGUGCAAAGACCAUCUUGCACAUGCAUGUGUGCACACUGCCCAUCUCCUUUGUGCAGACCUAACUUUACUGGGCCAAACAGCAGUCCUUGCAAGAUCUUUCCUCUUGGUGGCCUCCUGUCCCUUUUGCCAAGUGUAGGAGCCUUCUUUCUCACACUGUUCAACUCACUUUACUCUUAUCACUGACUCAGUGGAGUUUCUUCAUACAACACACUAGAGACGCAGUCCCAGUCUCACUGCUCUGUGGUACUUCUUGGCUCUGCUGUGAGGCGACAUUGAGGUAAUCACUCUAUCUUUUCCAGCAGCGUGAAAUUUGCUUCUCUGACUCGUGGUGUGGUCAGGCUUGAGGCUAUCUUACCAGGGCACUCCUCCCUGUCCCUGGGUGUGUUCAUUGCCAGAAAAGCACAUUCUUCCUUGGUGGUCAGAGUCAGACUUCAAUCAAAUCCUGGUUCAUGGGAGACAUUUCCACGUGCUGCUGGUGUCCACAAGGACUCAAACAUGUGCUUGCUUACACAGAGAUGGUUUCCUGAAGCAGAGUUGUCACUCUUUUCUACAGGUACCACAGGAUGCCCUCCUUUAUUCUGCUUCAUGUAACUGGUACUAGAAUGAUCAUUUCCUGAUAAAUGAAGGCACUUAAUCAGUCCUCUUCUCCGCGGAGGAAGGACUUUUGGGGAUAUUGUUAUAUCAUUUGAAAUAAUAUUUUGGAAUUUAAGUUUACAUUGCUUUAUUUUUCACUUGAGGUGACUGUAUAUAAAUAUUUUCCUCUAUUUUAUCAUUGCUGAUAAAGUAAGCCUACGGUAUACAGACAAAUAAUUUGCCUUUGAUGUAUUGAAACUGUGAGAUAUAAAGUAGAAUUCUCUCUUGUGUCCAUGUUCCUGACUAUUACUCUGUUCCUCAGUGUUUUUAUAAGCUGGAAUAAGUGUUGCUUACGGGCAACAGAGAGCCUGCAAGCUUCUCAAUAAUUUUUAUGUAAUUGAACUCAAGCAACCCUAGUGAAGGAUCUCACAUAUGUAUAAUGAUAUAUGUAUAUGUACAAACUUUAGAAAGAAAUAAACCAAAUGUAUUUCAUCUUC